AUGUCAUACUACGAUAGCGAUCUCAAAGCCGUGCUCGCGCAGUUUCACAGCCAACCAGACACCGACACGCGCAAGGACAUACUCAAGAAACUCAGCGAUAACCAGCUGUCGCGUGUAGUCAUCCAAGGCGUGAAAUGCGAGUUCGAAAGAGAAGGAUUGGAGGACAUUGCGCUAGUCAUGCUGGGUGUCAUCUCAAGGACUCCAGGCUUUAACGCGCAUGAUGUACAUGAAGAGAAUGGAGUUGCGGUGAAGCAUGAAGAAACUAAUGGGGAGUAUGAGGUCGUCAUCAAGAUGGAAGAGCUAGACGACGUAAAUGGAAUCGUGAUGAUCAAAUCAGAGGAGGUACUGCGCGAGGCUCAAUGUACGAACCUCACCCUCAUGGUCCUCGUCAGGCCGCCUACUUGGAGAGGAGUAGCAUUAGAUAUGCCGCUCAGGCCCGCUAUCUCUUCCCAGAAAGGCCUCGCUGGCGUGUAUGAAGCUGCUAUCCGGCCGUUGACAUGGGAUUCUGGCAAUCAGACCGCAAGUAACAAGUCCAAUACGAGAGGCUCGACCUCAAGGGGCUUGGUCCCCAGGCUCCGACAGCUAGUAGAGGAAAGAAGGAUACGGCGCUUAUGA